GGGUAUCGACUAGUCUAACCUCUCAACGUAGUCACUAAAGUUGGAUGGGUCUUAAGAUCAAAGGUUUAUGGAAGUAGAAAAGGGAAUUAAAUGACACUGGACUCUAAACUAUGGGGGCUACUACACAAACUGGAUCUUAUAGACCUUCAGCUAGCUUAAUACUGGCUGCCAAAGACGAUUCUUUAAAUGAGUACGACUACAAACUACUUUUGAUUAAGCGAACUGAGAGUACUUCUUACGCAUUGAAUCACUGUGUUUUUCCUGGCGGAGUCUUCGAUCCCAGAGAAGAUGAAUCUCCAGCAUGGAUAACAUAUUUUAAAUCUUUUGGGGUGACCGAUGGGCAACUAAACAUUCUUAGUCAGAAGCAGGAAUCCCCCAGACCUCAAUUUCUUUGCGAUGGAAAGAACUUUUCGAGGGACAUUGCACUUCGGCUGACUGCGCUCAGAGAGACCUUUGAGGAGGUUGGCAUUCUUAUCUGCACCAAUCAAGAUAGCUUUAGGGACUGGGAUUCUAAAUCAGGUCAUCCUUGUACAUUCCUCCUCGAGCCAAGCGAGCGUUCUGAAUGGCAACAUCGAGUUCACAAUAAUGCCUCACAGUUCCUUGAACUCUGCAGGCACCUCAAUGUCAUUCCCAACCUUUGGACGCUACAGGAGUGGUCUAUCUGGAGGACAGCAGCAACUGCCAAUCGGAAAUAUGACACUGUUUAUUAUGUCACCACGCUGGAUGAGCAGGCUAAGGAUAUUAGUUUGCUUCUGGAACCGAACGAGGUGGCAUCAGUUCAUUGGAUGAGUCCAACAGAGGCUUGGUUAAAUUCGCAAAACGGCACUAUUUGGCUUCCAUUCAUGCUGCUCUACGACGUUGCUCGUCUCAUGAACCUACAUAGCUGGCAGAAGCUCUUCAACUUUACCCGCAAACGAAGUUUGCAAGGAGGCACAAUGGUUCAGCCCGUUUACUAUCGCUGCAAUGAUGGCAUGUUUGGAGUACUUCCUGGGGAUGAGCUGUAUCCCAAGCAGCCCGGCACUUGUACACAAACAAUCAUCUUGCCAGGAUCAGUGAAUCAACUUAAUCGAAAAGCCAAGCAAUACAAUCGCUAUAUAGUCUACGACUUUCACCAGGUCGUGCUGGCCUCCAAUGUUCCACCCUGUGAUGGUCAUCUUACACUGCAGCCACUUGUUAACACUAAGCUAGCAAAAUUGUAAUGAAAGUGUAGGGUUCUGGUGAAAAAUAUAUAUUUUCUGAUCACCUA